AUGUGGUCGCUUAAGAGAGCGGGGAGAGGAGGCUGCGGCAAGAGUCAAUGGCGGUCGAGGUGGAAGCGCACUUCGGCGUCAAACAUACCGGAUUAUGGAUGGCCUAGGGUCGCUGCGAGUGUAGCCUAUGUACCUGUUAUCUUGUGGGGAACCGGAGCGUGGACGGGUCUCGAUGGUUUACAACUCGUCCUGGGGUCGGGUGAUGAUGGAUUGCGGCAGAAUCGAUUUUUGGGCGGUCGCGAAACGGGCCUUGGCGAGGGCGACAGCUGCCCCGCCUGGGCAGAGCACCCCUGCAAAUCACCCGUCAGCCUUCGCCAAGUCCAGAAAACUCCGCCAAGCUUCAACCGCGGUGAUACAUUGGUGCUUCCUCCGCGACUCUCGCGACUGGUUAGCUUUAGGGAGCAAAACAAGGAUGCGACGGUGUAUGUCGGGAACAUCGAUGAGCGCUUCACUCAAGAGCUGCUCUCGGAGCUGAUGACCCAGGUCGGCCCUGUGCGCCAGGUUCACAUGCCUCAGGACCGCGUCUCGCAAACACACCAAGGUUACGGCUUCGUCGAAUUCGACACCCCCGCCUCGGCCGAGUACGCCUCGAAAGUUCUUAAUGGCAUCCGCAUUUGGGGCAAGCCCAUCCGAGUCAACAAGGCCAGCGCCGACAAACAAAAGACGGUCGACAUCGGUGCCGAGUUAUUCAUCAACAACCUCGACCCCCAGGUUGACGAGAAGAUCCUAUACGACACCUUCAGCCAGUUCGGACAGAUCCUGCGCCAGCCCAACAUCGUACGCGAUGACAACAACAUAUCAAAGGGCUAUGGCUUCGUCAGUUUCGACUCGUUCGAGGCCAGUGACGCUGCCGUGGGUACAAUGAACGGCCAGUACCUGCUCAGCAAAUCCAUCACCGUCGAAUACGCAUACAAGAAGGACGGCAAGGGCGAGCGCCACGGCGACGAAGCCGAGCGCAAGCUCGCCGCCGAAGGAAAGAAGCACAACAUCGUACCCGAACAACAAGUCCUCCCACCCGCCUUCCACAUGUCCGCCUCAUCCGCACAAGCAGGCGCCCCGCCAACCGGCCCCGCCGCCUCCGUCAUCGACCCCUCCACCGCUAUGCCCCCCAUCACCCCCCUCAGCGCCGGCAUGCCCUCGCCCGCCCCCUACGGCACUCUACCCCCAGGGCCCGCUGGCAUGGGCCGCCCCGGCCCUCCACCACCCUCCUUCGGCGGCGGCGGUGGCGGCGGCGGUGGCGGACCCCGCGCCCCCAUUGUCGGUUCCGCUGGCCUUCCACCCGCGCCCUCCGGCCUCCCAGCCCGCCCACCACCAAGCCACGCCGGCUUCGGCGGCCCCGUCGGCGGUUUCCCCCAUCACCCGCCACCGUCGGGCUUCCCUGCCGGUGUUCCGCCCGGCCCGCCCGGUCCCGGUGGCCAGGUGCCGCCCCCGAUGUACCCCGGCAUGCCACCGCCGCCCGGCGGGUUUGCGGGUCCUGGUGGUGUGCCGCCUCCCGGCGCGCCGAUCCCGCCGCCGGGCUUUAUGCCGCCUCCGGGGAGUGUGCCGCCGGGGUUUGGGGCAGCGCCGCCUGCGGGUUUUGGGAGGCGUUAG